AUCCGAAGCGGGACGGGCGAGGGCCGCUGCACACGACAGGCACGGAGCGAUGGCAGCCCCAGUAACCCCAGGACCCUCGGCCUCACCCGCCCCGGUCGCGCCUGAUGACCUUUCGGGGGGCGGGAGCCGGGGCCCUCCUGACCCCCCACCGGAGCCCAAGCAGCUCCCGGAGCUGAUCCGCCUGAAGCGAGACGGAGGCCGCCUGAGCGAGGCGGACAUCAGGGGCUUCGUGCGCGCCGUGGUGGACGGGAGCGCGCAGGGCGCGCAAAUCGGGGCCAUGCUCAUGGCCAUCCGACUGCGAGGCAUGGAUCUGGAGGAAACCGCGGCGCUGACCCGGGCCCUGGCCAAGUCCGGACAGCAGCUGGAGUGGCCGGAGGCCUGGCGCCCGCAGCUCGUGGACAAACACUCCACAGGGGGAGUGGGUGACAAAGUCAGCCUGGUCCUGGCACCUGCCCUGGCUGCCUGUGGCUGCAAGGUACCAAUGAUCAGCGGACGUGGUCUGGGGCACACUGGGGGCACCUUGGAUAAACUGGAGUCCAUUCCUGGAUUCACUGUCAUCCAGAGCCCAGAGCAGAUGCAAAGGCUGCUGGAGCGAGUGGGCUGCUGUAUCGUGGGUCAGAGCAAGAAGCUGGUUCCUGCUGAUGGAAUCCUUUAUGAAGCCAGAGAUGUGACAGCCACUGUCGACAGCCUGCCACUUAUCACAGCAUCCAUCCUCAGUAAGAAGGUGGUGGAGAACCUGUCUGCUCUGGUGGUGGAUGUGAAGUUUGGAGGGGCUGCAGUCUUCUCAAGCCAGGCACAGGCCCGGGAACUGGCAGAAGUGCUGGUUGGCGUGGGAGCCAGCCUGGGGCUUCGGGUCGCGGCGGCUCUGACGGCCAUGGACAAUCCCCUGGGCCGUAGCGUGGGCCACACCCUGGAGGUGGAGGAGGCGCUGCGUUGCAUGGAUGGCGCGGGGCCGGCGGACUUGCGGGACCUGGUUACUAGGCUCGGUGAGGGGGCCAGUGGAGGUGUGGGGGCCCGGGCUUCAGAGCAGGCCCGCCGGGAGUCCCUCGCCCCGCUACACCUAAGCCCCGUCCCUGCCGGCAGGGGGCGUCCUGCUCUGGCUCAGCGGACAGGCGGAGGCCCAGGACGAAGGCGCCGCGCGGGUGGCCAAGGCGCUAGAGGACGGGUCAGCCCGGGAUCGCUUCGAGCGGAUGCUCGCGGCGCAGGGUGUGGACCCGGGCCUGGCCCGAGCUCUAUGCUCCGGGACGCCCGCGCAGCGCCGGCAGCUGCUGCCCGGCGCCCGGGAGCAGGAGGAACUGCACGCGCCCGCAGACGGCACUGUGGAGCUGGUUCAGGCGCUGCCGCUGGCGCGCGUGCUGCACGAACUCGGGGCAGGGCGCAGCCGCGCAGGGGAGCCACUCCGGCCGGGGGUGGGCGCCGAGCUGCUGGUCAGCGUGGGCCAGAGACUGCGCCGCGGGACGCCGUGGCUACGCGUGCACCUGGACGCGCCCGCGCUCAGCGGCCCGCAGCGCCGCGCUCUGCAGGAGGCGCUGGGGCUCUCGGACCGCGCGCCCUUCGCGGCCUCCUCGCCCUUCGCCGACCUCGUCCUGCCGCCGCCCAGGCCCACGUCCACCCACACGCAGCAAUGAAGCCGAGACGCCGAGUCCUCUCGCUGCCUGUGGGAAAAUUAAUAAAGGAAAGCCUCCUUUAAAAUGGGGGCCGGAGGCCAGAACGGGGAGCCCCAGACAGCGCAGGAGGUCAGUUACUCCCGGAGGAGUCCGGGACAGACCCCGACAAAGAAUCCUCAAUAUAGGAAGAAACGUGCAUUGUGUUCACCACCCCAGCCCGAACUCUCUUUUCCUCCAAGGGACUUGCAUUCCCAACGCUCCUAACUUCCUUUUUUCCUACAAAAUAACAUUCUUCUGUCUUGUUUACUGGACUUGCCUAUGGUCCGCCAUAGCAUGCCCACCUGGAAUUGCAAUUCUUUGGCUAUUUCCGAAUAAACUCGUUUUGCUAGUAGAAUAA